AUGUCGGCGACCGUGGCCGCCGCCGCCGCCCGGCCGUCGUCCCGGUUCCCCUCUACCCGGCGGUUCAACGCGGGCAUAAAAACCCGCACGCGCGGCAGGCUCGUCGUGCGCAGAGUCACGCAGCCGGAGGAGCCCCAGCCCGACGAUUUCGUCACGUUCAACGCCAUCGUCGGCGGCGGGGACUGGUCCGUGGUCCAGGCGCAGGUGCGGGAGGCUGCGGUGAGCGGGCGGCUCACCCCGGGCGUCCUGGGCGCGGCGUACAGCGUCUACGAGAAGUGCAAGGAGACUGCCGAGGCCCCUGAGGUGCUCAAGACCCUGGAGAACGUCAUCCUGCUGUUGACCCAGACGCUCCAGCAGCUCGACGCCACUCCCGCGGUCAGGCUCAUCGACGAGCUCAUGACCAUCGACCCCUUCGUCGAGGGCGCGCGGGUCAAGGCGGCGGUGGACGACGCCUACGCCAAGGGAACCGUCGCACCGGACGACCUGAAGGGCUCGCUGCAGAUGAUGCUGGACGGCAUGGCGGAGCAGGACGAGGCGUGGGAGAAGCACGUGGCGCAGGCGUCGCAGACGAGCUCCAAGGAGGAGUUUGAGCAGCUCCUGGCGCACGCCACCGGUCGAAUGGAGGCGCAGCGGCGCCUCACGCAGCUCAAGGCCAUAUGCGACGCCCAGUGA